AUGGAUCCGCAAAAAUACAAUCUACCAACUGACGAAACCGGUUUUACCAAUGUGUAUACAGACGGCGCGUGUCUAGGAAACGGAAGAUCAUCACCGAAGGCCGGAAUAGGGGUAUUCUUCGAAACCAACCAUCCUCUGAAUAUCUCAGCACCUGUCGACGGAAAACAGACGAACAACGCCGCAGAGCUUCAAGCAGCCACGAGUGCCGUCUUACAAGCGCAAAAAGCCGGAGUCACAAAACUGCGAAUCAACACCGAUUCUCAAUACGUGAUCAGAAGUUGCACAGAGUGGAUACCUCGUUGGAAAUCAAACGGAUGGACAAAAACGUCAGGAAAGCCAGUCGAAAAUAAAGAACAAUUGCAAGAUUUAGAUCGCGCAAUUUCGUCACUAGAAGUAGAUUGGAAGCACGUUCCUGGACACCGUGGACACCCUGGAAUUUCGCAAGCCGACGAAUUAGCGAAAAAAGGAGCCAAGCGGUAA